GUAUUACACUUUAUUUAACGUGACUUCUUUUGUUAAUGCUUUCGACAAGUCAAACAGUAAGUCAUUACUGCACUACUCAAAACACAAGGACGAGACAUUAAAAAAUAGUAGUAAUGGUGUAGCAUGCGCCACGGGCAGGGGGACCAAAAUGAGCUCGGCGUUCAGCGACAGGUGUCUGGGUAUGGUCAGCCGCCCGCAGGCCACAGGGACCCUAGAGGUGAGAGCUCCUCCGUCAGUCUGAAGCCAACCCUUGCUAUCUUUGAACUUGUUUCCUUUCCUGCACUUCGUGGACUUAAUCUGCACUCUCUGGGGAGACCCAAUGAGAUAUCAAUGAGGUCACACCACCUUCCAGCCCGGGACAGAAAUGGGAAGGACUAUUGGGCCCUUGAAAGAGAAAAACAACUUCACACUACUUCCGGCCGCACAUCCUCGGUGCAAGGGUGGGUAACUCCUCAAGGGCGGAACUAGAGUCGACCUCGCCCCGUGAAGCCCCGCCCCCAGUGUAGGCUCCGCCCCCGCAACCAGGUCAGCCCGAGCCCCGCCUCCCGAGCCGCCGCGGGCCCCGGGCCUGGCGUCCAGUGGAGGCGCUAGAGCGCAGGGGCGGCGGGCGACAGGGCGGGCCGGGGCGGGGCCGGGUGCGGCGGGGCGGGGCUGGCGGCAGAGGAGGCGGGGCGGCGGGCCGGGGCGGGCCCGGGCGGGCGGAAGGAGCACCAGGCCGGAAGGAGGCCGCGGGAGGGCGGGAGGCAGGAUAGGGCCCGGAGGUGCUGGGCCAGAGCGGCGGCGCCGCCAUGUCCGACAGCGAGAAGCUCAACCUGGACUCUAUAAUCGGACGCCUGCUGGAAGUGCAGGGCUCCAGGCCUGGAAAGAAUGUACAGCUGACAGAGAACGAGAUCCGUGGUCUGUGCCUCAAAUCCCGGGAGAUUUUCCUGAGCCAGCCCAUUCUUCUGGAGCUGGAGGCACCCCUCAAGAUCUGCGGUGACAUUCACGGCCAGUACUAUGACCUUCUGCGGCUGUUUGAGUACGGCGGCUUCCCUCCAGAGAGUAACUACCUGUUCCUGGGGGACUACGUGGACAGGGGCAAGCAGUCUUUGGAGACCAUCUGCCUGCUGCUGGCCUAUAAGAUCAAGUACCCGGAGAACUUCUUCCUGCUCCGUGGGAACCACGAGUGUGCCAGUAUCAACCGCAUCUAUGGCUUCUAUGAUGAGUGCAAGAGACGCUACAACAUCAAACUGUGGAAGACCUUCACUGAUUGCUUCAACUGCCUGCCCAUCGCUGCCAUCGUGGACGAGAAGAUCUUCUGUUGCCAUGGAGGCCUGUCCCCAGACCUACAGUCCAUGGAGCAGAUCCGGCGCAUCAUGCGGCCCACAGAUGUGCCUGACCAGGGCCUGCUCUGUGACCUGCUGUGGUCUGACCCUGACAAGGACGUGCAGGGCUGGGGCGAGAAUGACCGCGGCGUCUCCUUUACCUUUGGAGCUGAGGUGGUGGCCAAGUUCCUGCACAAGCAUGACCUGGACCUCAUCUGCCGGGCACACCAGGUAGUAGAAGAUGGCUACGAGUUCUUUGCCAAGCGGCAGCUGGUGACACUCUUCUCAGCCCCCAACUACUGCGGCGAGUUUGACAAUGCAGGUGCCAUGAUGAGCGUGGACGAGACACUCAUGUGCUCCUUCCAGAUCCUCAAGCCCGCCGACAAGAACAAGGGGAAAUACGGGCAGUUCAGUGGCCUGAACCCUGGAGGCCGGCCCAUCACCCCACCCCGCAACUCCGCCAAAGCCAAGAAAUAGCCUCCGUGUACCCGCCCUCUGCCCCAGAUGGUGGAUUGUACAGAAAUCACGUGGCUACAGGGGGCUCGUGCUGGCCCCCCAGGCCCACCCAUCACGGGGAACAUGGAGGCUUGGUGUAUUUUUCUCUUUUUUUUUAUGAAUCAAUAGCAGCAUCCAGUCCCCCAGGGCUCUUCCCGCUUGUACCUACAGCGGCUGCAGGCAGGAUCCUGGGGCUAAGGCUGCAGCUCAGGGCAAAGCAGGGCCAGAUUGGGGAUCUCCAGCCUUGCUUGGCCUCAGGGCUGGCAGCCGGAUCCUGGGGCAACCCAUCUGGUCUCUUGAAUAAAGGUCAAAGCUGGAUUCUUGCCAUA